GCCGCCAUGAGCUCCGAGCCGGGGCCCGACCUGCCUUUCCUGCCGGGAUACGCUUUCAGGGACCCCAUGAAAACAUCUUUCCACCGGUCCCAGACACUGGGCUACAAAAAUGGAUUUGCCUUUUUUCGGCUGCCAACGGUGGGGAUCGGCGGGGAGAGGCUCUAUGUGAACCAGCUUUCUCAGGCUGAGUUAGAUGAAUUAGCCGACCAGAGACCCCUGCUGACCUAUGGGCCACCCAAGCAGGCUCCACGUUCGGACUUCAUUCCAGCACACGUGGCUUUUGACAAAAAGAUUUUGAAGUUUGAUGCCUAUUUCCAGGAAGAUGUUUAUAACUCUACAGAAGAGCAGUACCGGAUCCGCCAAGUGGCUAUCUAUUACUUUUUGGAGGAUGACAGCUUGACCAUCAUAGAACCUGUUGUGAAGAAAGCUGGGUUUCUUCAAGGCAGACUCCUCAGACGCCACCGGGUGCCUAAGAAUGACCAAGGGGAGCCUUACCACUGGAAAGAUCUGAAUCGGGGCAUGAACAUCACCAUGUAUGGCAGGACCUACCGCAUAGUCGACUGUGACCCAUUCACACAGGGGUUCCUGGAGAGCCAAGGAAUUGAACUGAACCCUCCAGAGAAAAUUCCUCUUGAUCCUUACACAGAACUGCAUCGGACACGGAUGCGCAAGUUCAUCACUCCGUCAGAUUUCGACCAAUUCAAACAGUUUCUGAUCUAUGACAAGCAGGUCCUUUGCUUCUAUGCAAUGUGGGAUGACACUAACAACAUGUUUGGUGAGAAUCGGCCUUUCAUCAUUUAUUACUACUUGGCAGAUGACACAGUGGAGGUUCGGGAAGUCCACAAGAAAAACGAUGGUAGAGACCCAUUCCCAGUCCUGAUCAGACGCCAACGCUUGCCCAAAACCUUGGUGGACAACAAAAAUACCUUCCCAAGCUGUGUGAUGGAGACCACUGAUCAGGAGGUACUUGAGUGGUUCACAGCUAAAGAUUUUGCUGUUGGCAAAUCUACCACCCUCCUUGGACGCACCUUCUUCAUCUACGAUUGCGAUGAGUUCACACGAAACUUCUAUCGUGACAAAUUUGGCAUUACAGACUUCCAGCCAGUGGAAAUAAAGAAGAAACAACCUGAGGAAGUUCCACUGGUAGUUCCUCCCUACAAUGGUUUUGGCACCCUUGAAGACUCUCUUCAGAACUGCUUCUCUCUGAUACCAAAGCCUCCUCGGAAAGAUAUCAUUAAGAUGCUAGAGAAUGACCAGAAGGUGCUGCGCUACGAGGUGGUCCUGGAAACACCAAACCCUGAGGAUAGGAAACGUCGUUUCAUCCUCUCUUAUUCCCUCUCCGAUGACAUGAUCAGCAUCUAUGAACCCCCGAGCCGGAACUCUGGCAUCAUUGGAGGCAAAUACUUGAGAAAGACCAGAGUUGCCAAACCAGGCUCUACUACAGACAAUGCCACGUACUAUGAGCCCUCUGACUUCACCAUUGGUUCUACAGUUGAAGUGUUUGGCCACAGGUUUAUCAUCACUGAUGCUGAUGAGUAUGUGCUUAAUUACAUGGAGAGCAAUGCAGCGCGUUUCCCUGCGGCGACACUGCAGUCCCUGAGGGAUCAUUUUCGCCUGAGGCGGGUGGCAAAGGAGCCUGCCAACAGUGACAUCCCCAGCAAGCCGGGCCUGGAGGAGUUAAUUGCGCAGGUUCAGGAAGAGCUGAAACUACAUAAGUACUUGAACAACAAGAAGAUUUGGGAGGCAUUUCUUCAGUGUGACAAGGAUGGCUGUGGCAUCCUGAACAAAGCAAGAUUUCUAACCAUUUGUGACAACUUGAGUGUGCCGACCAGCGCCGUUCUGGUUUCCAGGCUGAUCGACUUGUGUUCUUGUGGAGAAGACAACAUAAACUACCAUGACUUCCUCAGAGCUUUCCCCGUGUGA